UCGGCUUUUCGAUGGAGUGAUCACUUUAUGUUGUCAAUCUUGAACGUUUCUUGCGUUAUUUCGUUUUAAAAACUUCAUAAAAACAUUAAAUCCUACUUGAAUAAGUAAGGAACUCUUGGAGUGUUUAGUUUAACUCGCUCAAAAAUGCCCUCGGCCUCGAAUGUGAAAAUUGAUAAGCAAGUGUCUCCAGAAGCAACUCUUCCGGACUCAUCGAAUUCGACGCCCUUGAGACAAGUCAUAACCCUCGUAGAACACAAAAUUAGGAACCUCGAAAAGCGCAAGUCAAAAUUAGAAUCAUAUAGAGAUCUACAAAACGCCGGUAAAGAACUUAACUCCGACCAGAAGACUGCCGUAGCCAAGUACAAUGAGGUGACCCAGACGUUGGACUUUGCCAGAGAUAUCUACAAACAGUUCCUAGGAAUCGCAGUCGUCUCGGAAAAGGAGGCCAAGAAACAGGCGAAGAAAGAAGCGGCCUCCAAAAGUCAAGCUGAAUUGGCGAGACUACGGGAGAUUCUUUUGGUGCAAGAUGCACUUAAUCAAAUGGGAAAUGAAGCGGUUAGGGAGGACUUUCUCCAUGGGAGGAACGGCGCCGCGCAGCUCACCGAGGCCGACCUCAAACUGUUGGACGACUUGUAUCCUGCUGUGACCCCAAAACACGAAGCGGGAAACCCAACUGCAUUCACGAAUGAGGUUCAAGCCGCCGCCGAACACCUCCUUGCCGUCGUCGACGGCAAACCCAAGGAAGUGUUUGGAGGAACUUACAGUCAAGUUAAAGAAAUUCUUGGCAAAAUUCACGAAAGUGGUUAUUUUGAUCAAGUUCCUGUUUUCGAGAAUUUGGCGGAAAGCGAACAACCGGAAGCUCCAACUGUCGAAGCUGAAACUUCCCAGCAACUUCCACCUAUGGAGAUGCUUUCCAUUGAGAGUCUACCACCAACAAUGAUACAACAACCGGAGCAACCGCCAAUGGAACAGCCUCUUACUCCCGAACAGCAAAUGUUUUAUCAACAACAACAACAGCAGCAGCAGCAACAACAACAACAGCCUCCUAGACCCAUAACGGAAAUGCUAGGGAGUGGAAGUUUCUUCUUUUUGCAAGAGUCUGAAAUUGACACUCCACCUGAACAGAUUCCGAGCCAAACGUUUACGAAUCAGAGUUUUGUGACAGCAGCGCCCCCACCACCUAUUCCUUUGCCUCCUUUAUUCCAGAAUAUUCCAACGAAUUUACCACCACCCCCACCACCGCAACAACCAAUCACGGUGAAUAAUGUCGAAGAGGUCCAUAAAGAAGAGGUGCAUAAACAAGGAGGGAAUCGCCCACCGAGACCCAAUAAUCAAUCGUAUUAUCAGAAUAAUAACGGAUACAGUAACAGGCCUAAACAAAACCGGAACGGACCUAGACCUGCAAAUAGGCAUUAAAUCAUGACGCAAGCGAAAUUCGAUAUUAGUCUCUUAUUUAACUUAAUUAUUAUGAUUAAAAAAACAUAAGUCACUAAAGUCAAUUGGUUCAACUCAAAUCGGGUUUUUUUUUGGUUGGCCAUCGAAUAUUUCAUCAUGCUUUAAUAAAUAUGUUAUAAAAUAAAAAACGGCACAAUUGUGUUAAUUAAACUUGUCGAGUGGCAUUUUCAGUUUUUACUUCUUUUUCUACUCUACCUUUUCAGUAUGUUUAGAAAUUUUUAGUAUUGAAUUUUAUCGAAAUUAAUUAAUUGGAUUAAUAAAAGCUGGUAAAAAUAA